CUCAUCACUAGAAUCGCUCUUAGCCGUUCACCUGUCACCACACCAACAGCAAACCCCGUCUCCUUUCUCCUCUUCUAUCUUCGCAUCAUUUCACAUGCUCCAUUCCCUUUCCUGUUCCUCCUAGCACCAGGGUGUCAAAGGUUUGGCCCUCGGUCGAUCUUUUGGUCUCUUUCUUUUUUUCUCUCUUUCAUUUACGCGUGGUUGGCUGCUUGUUGCUAUACCCUACAGCUUUCUCUUCCGUUCUCCAUUUAUUUUUCUUUAUGAUCUGAUCAACACUCAUCACCUCACAGAAAAAGGACGCCUCCAUCAAGUAGGAGCAGGGCCAGGGAGCUCAGCAUGGUGAAGAUCUGCUGCAUCGGCGCGGGGUAUGUGGGCGGGCCGACGAUGGCGGUGAUCGCGCUCAAGUGCCCGUCCAUCGAGGUGGUGGUGGUGGACAUCUCGGAGCAGCGCAUCGCCGGGUGGAACAGCGAGCGGCUCCCCAUCUACGAGCCCGGCCUGGACGACGUCGUGAGGCAGUGCCGCGGCCGCAACCUCUCCUUCAGCACGGAGGUGCACCGCCACGUGGGCGACGCGGACAUCGUCUUCGUCUCCGUCAACACCCCCACCAAGACGUGCGGGCUCGGCGCCGGCAAGGCCGCCGACCUCACCUACUGGGAGAGCGCGGCGCGCAUGAUCGCCGACGUGUCCCGCUCCGACAAGAUCGUGGUGGAGAAGUCGACGGUGCCGGUGAAGACGGCGGAGGCGAUCGAGAAGAUCCUGGCGCACAACGGCCGCGGCGUGCGGUACCAGAUCCUGUCCAACCCGGAGUUCCUGGCGGAGGGCACGGCGGUCCAGGACCUGUUCGCGCCCGACCGCGUGCUCAUCGGCGGCCGCGAGACCCCCGAGGGCCGCGCCGCCGUGAGGGCGCUCAAGGACGUGUACGCGCAGUGGGUGCCCGAGGAGCGCAUCAUCACCACCAACCUGUGGUCGGCGGAGCUGUCCAAGCUCGCCGCCAACGCCUUCCUGGCGCAGCGCAUCUCGUCGGUGAACGCCAUCUCGGCGCUCUGCGAGGCCACCGGCGCCGACGUGGCGCAGGUGGCGCACUCGGUGGGCCGGGACGCGCGCAUCGGCCCGCGCUUCCUGUCGGCCAGCGUCGGCUUCGGCGGGUCGUGCUUCCAGAAGGACAUCCUGAACCUGGUGUACAUCUGCGAGUGCUACGGGCUGCCCGAGGUGGCCGGCUACUGGCGGGAGGUGAUCCGGAUCAACGACUACCAGAAGAGCCGGUUCGUGAACCGCGUGGUGUCCUCCAUGUUCAACACCGUGGCCGGCAAGAAGGUGGCCGUGCUGGGGUUCGCCUUCAAGAAGGACACGGGGGACACCCGCGAGACGCCGGCGAUCGACGUGUGCAAGGGCCUGCUCGGGGACAAGGCGGUGGUCAGCAUCUACGACCCGCAGGUGACCGGGGAGCAGGUGUCGCGGGACCUCGCCAUGAACAAGUUCGACUGGGACCACCCGCGGCACCUGCAGCCGCUGAGCGACACGGACCUCGCCAAGCAGGUGGGCAUGGCGGCGGACGCGUACGAGGCCGCGCGCGACGCGCACGCCGUCUGCAUCCUCACCGAGUGGGACGAGUUCCGGGGCCUCGACUACCGGCGCAUGUUCGACGCCAUGCACAAGCCGGCCUUCAUCUUCGACGGCCGCAACGUCGUCGACGUCGCCAAGCUCCGGGAGAUCGGCUUCGUCGUCUACUCCAUCGGGAAGCCGCUCGACGAUUGGCUCAAGGACAUGCCCGCCGUCGCCUGAUUGACCUUCCUCGUUUUCUAUGCUACUAAGUUAUAGCUCGUUUAAUAUUCCCGGUUCCAUUUUGUUCUUCAGAAAUCAGAACUUAAGUUGGCUCGGUAUGCAUUUCUUUCCUUGCCUUAUGUUACCUACGAUUAAUUAAUUAGCCACAUUCUUUAUUUGCAUCUUUAGUUUUGGGGUACUUAGAUAUGGAGAUUGUUUUUCAUUAUAUUGCGUAGUACUAAUAAGUUUAUCUUCAUUUUUUUGUGCGUGCUCGCGCUUUCGAAAUGUCUCAAGCCAAGAAUUAAGUUAAUAUUUGGACAUGGAAAAUUGGGCCACAAAUGUAAUGGUCCUAUUUAUGAAAGCCUUUGCUAGGCUCUUAUUCAGACAUCCACCAUGAUUCCAAGUUACCAAAGAUGUCCUAAUUUCACUAUUGCUGAUUCUCUCAUGCAUCCAUACCUCUCAUAAUCAACUGACCAUCAUUAGAAAAUUCAACCAACGAAGUUGAGCGAGUUUUAUAUAAUAGAAUAACUUUCAACUUGGGUGGGGGGGGUUCAAAAAAGUUCAACUCAAAAAGUAGAUUAACUUGACGUUUUUUGAAAGUUGAAACUCUUAUUUGAUCCCAUUUCCUUUCAUAAAAAUAGUAUUUAGAUCCCAAAUCGUAAAGCCCAACCCAAAUCCCCCGCGCCCACGUCUUGUCAGAAAUUUUUUGGCCGUAUCUGCCCACCGCCCACGUUCUCUCUGGCGCCUCCACAGCCGUCCGAUCGAACGCCAACGGCUUCCCCCAAUCCCACGGCGCGCGAGAAAACCCCAGCUCCUCGCCUCCCCCCCUCCUUGUUGCGAAAGCCUGGCUCUUCCCUUCCGAAAGCAGCGACACGCCAAGAACAAGAACCACCACCACCGCCGGGCGCUGCAAGGGAGAGGGGGAGGAGGCCGCCGGCGCGCUGCGGGAAUCGGCGGAAGGUUACUCGCCGUCGAUUGAAGGAAUCCUCCAGGUUUCCGUCAGCUCCGAAGGGAGACGAUUGGAGGCAUGCCACCGAGAGGAAGGAAGCACUGGUGCAAGGUAUGCAAGAAAAGCUUCCCAUCUUACAAUUCGCUCGGAGGCCACAUGAAUCUUCACCGCGUCAAACGCAAGCAAAAGAAUCAAGCAAGGAGCACCCUUAGCCUUCCGAACAUUGGUGAUGGCCCCGGCGGGUAUGGACUCCGGGAGAGGCGACAUAGUACCUGGUUAUUGUGUGAUUCUAGUGAUGAUGAGUACCUGACAAUGGUUCCCAAGAACGAAUGCCAGUUGUGCUUCAGGGUCUUUGCCUCCUGCCAUGCACUGUCUGUGCACAUGAGGGCGCAUGCUCGCCAUGAGAGGAAGAUGGUGGCAAAGGACGUAUCAAGAGAGAGCAAUGGAUACUCUGAUCCUAAGGUCGUUGUGUCUACUCCGGUGAUGUUGACAUAUGGGAUAGAAGAAGUGAAUGCUGCGCGUGUUCUUUUGAUGAUCUCCGGAUAUUCUGGCAUGGAUUCAGCUUCCGAGCAUUGCGAUGAGGAUUAUGAGAUGGGUGGCAACUCGGCCUACUGUGUGCAGAAGAGCGAGAUGGAGCUGGACUAUUCUUGUCACGGCAAAACUGGGGAUGCUGAGUUAAUGAUGCCAGAAAGCCCCAGUUCUGAUGUCAAGCCGAAGUUCAUCAGUCUUUCGCAAGUGUUGAAGGUGACAGAAAGCCAUGAUUGCAAGCUCUGCGGCAAGGUGUUCACAUCCAGCAAAGGAUUGGCGAGCCAUAAGACAACUCUGAAAUAUCUCAAACAGGACAGCAGCUGCUUGAAGUGGAUAGCCGAUUGCUACGUCUCAAUCUCAACCUUCCAGGUUUCAGUGACAGAAACUACAGAAGCAGGAGUGCAAAGUCUGCACAAACUCCAUGGUGGACCACAAGAGCUUUUCGGAGUGAACGAAUGCUGGGCGUUGUCUGAAUAGUGUCUAAAUCCUCUGGUGACAAAAGCUACUAAAGUACUAAUAGAUUGGUGAAGGAUAUUGAUGCCAUGAAUGCCCUUGAUAGAUUUACUUGGUAGUUAAUAGUAUUCUGCUAUUAGAAAUGCCAGCGUUCUUACAUGUAGCACUGCAGUUUUUGUUCCUCAAAUAUGAAAUACUGAUUCUGUAUCCAGUGACAGUGAAGUGAGGGCUACAAUCUCAUUUUCAGUUGCCUGUGGGGCAUAACAAGCUUGUUCAGGUUGUUACAAACUCG